CUUGUGCUUCUGUGACCUCGUGCUCUUUAGCUCGUGCCUUCUUUCAUCCGGCUUUGUCCACAGGUGAUCACAAAACGUUUGACAGCUCCUUCGAGAAUCUGUGGCUCUUUCCUUGCCCUCAAUGAUGUCUGGAACACAAUUUCUAUUUCUUGCCAUUCUCUCUGUUCUCCCUCCACACCAAGUUUCAGGCGGAAGGUUAAACAUAUUUGUACGUCAUUUUGAGCCGGUGUCCUACGACACAGCCGACGUGCACAUGAGCCACUUACGCAGGAAGCGUUCCAUAUCAGAUGACACUGUUGCUGUUCAGCUCCGUAGCCAUAACAGAGAUUUUCACCUUCGCCUGAAGCCGGACACGUCAAUGUUCCACAAAGACAUCGUCGUUGAGACGACCCAGCACGGUGUCAUUGAGCCUGAGCUGGACCACAUAUACACGGGCCACGUCGUCGGGGACGACAAUAGUCACGUCUACGGCGCUCUCCAUGACGGCGAAUUCGAAGGUGGGAUUGAAACCACCAAUGGCACAUAUUACCUGGAAUCCGCCAGAAAGUAUUUCCAACAUCCGACACCAUUCCACUCCAUCAUGUACGACACGAGGGACGUCGAGCUUCCUCAUGCUACCAGAACAAGAACUGGAAGCUGGUGUGGGUUGAACUCCAAAACUAAAAAGUGGAUGGAGGACGUAUACAGGAGCAUGGAACCAAGUCCUCGUGUAUCCACAAAGGGUCAUCACAAGGCCAAACAUUCGCACACAUGGAUCGGUCGCAGGCUUCAUGCUAGUGAUCUUGCCUCCUCUGAGGAAGAAAAACGGAACGACAAGACUCCGAGGAAUAACGACGAAUACAGCGAUCAAGAACGCGGCAACGUUACUGGGAGAGGAUCCUCGGCUUCUAGGCGAGUGUGCACUCUCGAGGUUAACGUCGACCACUUACUUUUUCAAAAGUACUCGGAGGCUGGCGGUGACAAGAAGCAGAUCAGAGCCAGGCUAUCAGCUGCGAUUGCCUCUCACAUCGUGCGAGUAAAUAAAAUUUAUAGGGCCACAGACUUCAACGGUAUCGAGGAUGUCAACUUCGCCGUGCUAAAAAUUUAUAUAAACGACAGCUCAAACUGUAUAGGACCAAACGCAGCGACCAACCCAUUUUGCGCCGGUCCCAUGGAAGUCACAGAUUUUUUGAACAUUCAGUCAUCGAAGAACCAUGACGAAUUCUGCUUGUCUUAUGCGUGGACAUACCGAGACUUCGCAGACGGAGUUCUUGGCUUGGCUUGGAUAUCACAAAGCCCUAGCGUUGAUGUCUUGGGACAGACUGGCGGCGUCUGCCAGAAAUAUAAGUCUUCCCUCGACCCCAAAACAAAGGAGUUCGUGAGCCUUGGUCUCAACACAGGAAUUAUCACUUUCAUUAAUUUCAACACGUUCGUGCCAUCAUACGUUUCAGAAAUAACCCAAUCACAUGAAAUCGGUCACAACUUUGGAUCUCCUCACGACACAGGUGACAAGUGCGCACCUGGUGUAGAUAAGGGAGGAAACUACAUCAUGUAUCCGUACGCCACAAAAGGAAAUUUGGAGCACAAUGACAAAUUCUCACCCUGCAGCAUCGGAAAUAUGUCGGGCGUGCUCAUUCCUAUGCUGAAGGGAGACAGUAAUCGUGAGAACUGCUUCCAAGAUUACAGCGGUGAAAUUUGCGGAAAUGACAUCACCGAAGGUAAAGAGGAAUGCGACUGCGGGCUGGACGCUAGCGAGUGCACAGACCAAUGUUGCUAUCCACGACAUAAUGACGCACACAAGAAAGGCUGCACGCUUCGGCCAAACAAGGAAUGCAGCCCGACAGCCGGACCAUGUUGCGCUGCUGACUGCAAGCUCCAACCACAUACAUUGGCGUGUGAGAUAGAGAGAGACUGCACUCAACAGGCUUUCUGUGAUGGAAAAGCCGCAAAGUGUCCUGAACCAGUUAAGAAGCCAGAUAACUCGGCUUGCAAUAACAAGACUCAAGUAUGCAAGGCCGGGGAAUGCUCAGGGUCCAUCUGCGAGAAGUAUGGUCUAAACGGGUGCUAUCUGCCAAAAGCUGGCUACACCAUAGACGAGCAAUGUCUCGUCGCCUGCAUAGAUCCUAAUGAUCCAAAAGCCAAGUGCAAGAUGGCCUGCGACUUUCCGAAAGCGAAGGAUCUCUGCGGCUUGAAGAUGAUGCCGGGGUCUCCAUGCCUGGAUUUAGCUGGCUACUGCGAUGUGUUUCAGAAGUGUCGGGGGAUAGAUGCUGAAGGACCGCUGUUGAAACUUCAUAGAAUGAUCUUUGGUGGGGAAUCCGUUGGAAAAGUGAAGAACUUCAUACAGAACAACGUGGCUCUUUCCAUCAUCAUCCUAUUGGCCGUCGUUGUGUUUCUCAUCUUAAUGAUCCGCUUUUGUACCCUGCACACACCAAGCAGUCACCCACAGAUGGAACACGAAAUCAAGAUGGAAAAAAUGCGAAGCAAAUAUGGGCUUACUACUGUACACUAAUUGAACUGUCACAUCUGUCGGUCCAGCUCAGGGUAAUAAAACCUAUCAUUGCUUGUUUUU